CCCUGCCCGGCCCUUGGGAACCACCCGGAAGGCCGAGCCCGCGGCCCCACCUGGAAAGGAGCUUAAAGGGCGUCCGGGCAGCCCCGCAGGCGCAGCGCCGGCUCCCGCACCAUGCCCAUGGCCCGCAGCGUGCUCGUCCUGGCAGGACUCCUGGCUCUCUGGGCAGAGCUGCCUCCAGCAUCCGCCCAGAAUGUCACCACAAAAGCCGGCGUGUGCCCGGACCCGGCGACGGAGGCGGUGAACUGCACGGUGGGGUGCCAGUCCGAUGGCGACUGCGAGAGCACCCUCAAGUGCUGCCCGGCGGCCUGCGGCAAGGCCUGCCAGAAGCCCGACGAGAAGCCUGGCACCUGCCCGCCCGUCAGCCCAGGGAUCCCCAUGCUGGGCGUCUGUGCCAACCAGUGCAAGUCUGACUCCAACUGCUCCGGGAACCAGAAGUGCUGCAGGAAUGGCUGUGGCAAGGUCUCCUGCGUGACACCCAUCCACUGAGGCACAGCCACCUCCUUCCAGCCAGGUCACAGGGAAGCUGCUGCCUGAUGCCAGUCCCACACACCCAGGCCCCGGCCCCACACAGUCCCCCUUCUUCCGGAGCCUUCAGCCUCAGCCUUCCUGCUGAGGUGCCCUGCUUGGGGCACGCCGCAGCACCCUGCGUGCCCACCAAUAAAGCAGCAUC